CGAAGACCAAGCGGUCGGUCGCUAUACGGGCAGUGGUCGCCGUCCUUAACUACCGAAACGAUUCGACGCCGAUGUAAGCGGGUUAAACGCCAGACACUUCCUAUUGCGUUUCAGGACAUAAACCGCGUUGUGGUUCGUUUUGCGGCAUUUCCGUAACCUAACGUAACGUAGUUAGCGUUAGGUCGGUGGAACUGCGGCGUGACAGAUUUCACGUUAGCUGCUCGUCGCCUUGCACCCUCGUCAGAGGAACGUUAUACCCCCCCCCUCUAAGUUAUACGGUGUCUUAUGUUAGGGGGACGAUAACCAUGCAGCCUAAAGUCUCUCACAAAGCCAGAUUCAAUGAACCUGAGAGGUGACUCUUGACAAACCAGGUAACAGCUGUAAGGUUAAGCAUGUGGAAGCGUGGUAGCCGGAGUUCAGCUUUGGAAAGGGCUCAGGCACUGCUUGCACGGAAAGGAAGUGCCAGCGGGAAUAACGGACCUGGAAACAACUCACCGGCGAAAACGGCUCCCUCGAAUACACAUGUUUCAUUUCUGGACCUGAGUGACCUGUCUUCGGCCAGUGAGCAUGGAUACGGCACCAUGGGCUCUGCUGCAGCUGGACAGGAUCCACCCAAGGAGCCGAGACCUCAGACCUCUCUCGGAGGAAGAGGGGGGAGUGGGAGCAGGUUUUUGAAGAAGGCCACACCACCUGCUACAAUCAGCAGACAGUCCCCAAUUGUUGGCAAGUCUGAAAUGACACAGCCGACUGAACCCAGGGACGUGUCAUUUCUCCAGCGUAGCUCCCAGAAUGCUGCCCUGAACAGAUUGGCAUUGAUCAAGGAAGGCAGCAAGCAAGCUGGCACUGAGACACAAGGACAGGAAAGGGAAGGACCUAAGACUGCACGGAUACUUUCCUCUGACCCGGGUGUCUCUUUCUACUCAUCCCCCUCUCAGUCCUUUCAGGCUCCCAUGCCCCUAUUAGCCCAGUCCAACAAUGAUGUGAGCCUGAGGGGGAAACGUUAUCUAAAGAAAAAUGCAGCUGCAGCUGCUGUCAGCAGUGCUGUGCCCCCCAAAGAGCCAGAGGUCAGUGUCAAAAUGUCUGCUGCUGACACCAUUAUGUCAAAGGGCAGGCCCAGCACUGCUACUGCUUCAGUGUCACAUGCUAGUUUGGGGGCCAAACCAGUCAAAGUGGUAAGUGGUGUUAGUUUGGACAGCGAUGAGGAGGACAUGAGGAAGCUGUUGGGAGACUCUUUUGAUUCAACAGAGGACAGCCUGCCAAGACCAGCCAGAGCUACGAUGACGGAAGGAAAGUCUUUUAGCAAAAUCAAACAUAACGGCUUAUCCAGUCCGCCUCCGUCGGUCCAUCCCAUGUCAUCCUCCCACAGAAUGUCAUCUCUGCCUCCUGGAAACGGUUCUUCCUUCCAUCCCUCCAGCCUGGCUCGGGACCAUCUUAGCCCUCCUCUCUCAGUCCCGAGUGCAUCUGUUGUGCUCUCUCCAUCCCCUUCUCCUCCCUAUGCCUCCCCUCUUCUACCAGGUAGGCCAGGCUCCCCUUCCAGCACAGGAAGCCCACCAAGCUGCCGCUCUUCAACUUCGGGACAAAGUGAGAUACACUCUCUGGCAGAACUCUUCCCUGUCGCCCCUAACUCACACUACUCCCACAGUGAGAGGAGCAGAGUUUCCACCGAAGAUUUCAAGAUGAACAUCAUGACAUUAGAUGACCUGGUUCCUGAUACCCUGGGGUUUACAGAGGAAACAAUAGGAGAACAGCACAAAGCCCCUGCUCCAAGAGAUCUUCAGGACAAAGGUCAGAAGGAGGAGGAGGUGGGAGAUGAGGACGUGCUGGACUACGAGAGCGACUUUGAGAGCCAGAGCAGCACCGCACCAGAACUCAGUGAGAUCUCAGAGCACUUGGGAGAAGACAGAGAAGGAGAGGAAGAAGAGGAUGAUGUCUCGGAGAUUGGGGCAGAAGUGUCUGGGUCUGACAGAGCCAGCGUGAAGGCAGAGGACAGCUACUCCAGCAGGUUCUCCACUGCAAGUCGGUCCUACGCCACACAGACCUCCACUCACAGUGACACAACCAGGUCACGGAGCAGAAGGAGAGACUUCCACUCCAAAUCCUCUGUAUCACAUUCUGACCACUCCUCAUCUCACACUAUGACACCGUCUCACCGGUCAGAAAUGCCCUCAUCCCCGCGGACAGCUGUGAGGGAUGCAGUAACACAGACCAAGCCCGACUUAUUGGCCUAUAGCUGGUCAGCUGGUAUGGCUACUUUGGGCCCUGCAAUGGCCACAACCUAUGUGGACCCUGCCCCCGUGGCUAGUCAUACAGUUAGCGCAGAAGCUGUGGAGGCCCUCAGCACCUACAGUCCAGCUGUCUUUGCUCUCAAUGACAUGCUAAGGCAGCAGCUGACCCUGACCAGGCAGUUCAUCCAUACCAGCAGACAUCUCCACUCCUGUCUAUUGCAGAGCCUGGGAGCAGACUACACAUACACCACACUGGAGGACACCAAGGAGUUCAUUUGUAAACACAAGCCUCCGAAACUGAGUGUGGAGAAAGCCUUGGAGGAAGUGCUACAGGAGAUGAGAGACUACCAUUACAUCUGAACCCGACUACCUCAGGCUAGUCACAAUGACCAACACCACUACGACAUAUGAUCUCUAGGGGGCACAGCUCGGAGCGUGGUCGAACCCACUGGACUUUCGUGCCUUCCAAUGCUUAGUAAGCAUGUUUAGUGUUUUCUGGA